UGACAGGACAGAGUGUGUGUUACCAUGAUGAUUGAUUUGGAUCUAGCAUUCAUUUAGUGUAGUGCGUCGUCAGCUUCAUUUAUGGCGACAGAUGUGCAUGUGACCAGAAGAUACAAUGACUAAGUUAUUUGAGACGCAACACAAUUGCAGAUGCCAAAGUCAUACUACGAAUUGCUGGAUAUAAGCCGGGAUGCAACUGCCGCUGAAAUCCAUCGAGCAUACAAAAAGAAGGCUUUACAGCACCAUCCCGACAAGAAUCCAGGCCAGGUUGCGGAAGCAACUGAACUCUUCAAAGCCAUAGGAGAAGCAUAUCUUUGUCUUCGUGACCCUGCCAAGCGAGCUGCCUAUGAUUACGACUUGGACAACAAGUCCACUUGGAGUACAUCGUGGUCCAGUCCACAAGAGUCUGACGAUGGAUUUACCUUUACCAUGGCCAAGGACCUGUUCCGUGAGACGUUUGGAGACGAGUUCACCAAUCGAUUGGAGAGAGUUGCUUCGGAGACGUCUGCAGCCGUCGCACAGCAUGUGACACCCCACAUCCACGCUGCCAUGGAGGCUUUGGGAGGUGUCUCUGAACGAUGCUCUCAAUCGGAGCCCGUCCGAAGCGCCGUGAGUGCUGGCUUGAAUUCUCUAGCAAAUGAGGCAGAGGCAGAAGAGAUGCGCCUGGAACGCGAAGUCUCUGCAAGGCACCGCGAGCUGCUUGCAGUCGAGAAGGAGCAGAAGGAGCAGGAAGCAGUGCGAAAGGUAGAAAGCAAGCGCUUGGCAGAUUUGGAGGUUGAGAGCAGCAGAGGUGCAGUGUCAGGGACCCUCUUGGCACUUUCAGUGUUGGCGGGCGUGGCCCUUCGUGGCUGGCUGCGACAUACGCACACUGCCUAUUGGGCCGUUGCCUGGGUACCUUACCCCUUGCUGAGCGCACUACCCAUGGCUUUGGCUGCGACUUUGGUAUCAUUCACCCGAUGCUCCCGACUCUGGAUGUUGCUCCUCAUCGCUGGAAGCCUCGUGGAGGUGACGCAGGUGCUCCAGGUGUCUUGGUUUCUGCUGAUCUUGCUGGCAGUUCUCAUAGUGCGGUGCGUGUACCAAUGGUGGCGAAUGCUUCAGAUGUGGCAAAAGCAUCAAAGCUGGAGACAUCAGGAUGAACGCGAUGCUGUACACUUGGCAGCUGAAUGGCGUAGAGCAAACCAUGCCUACAAAGGUGCUCAGCGGAUGUUGGAAGAGGCAAAGUGCAAAGCAGACAAAGCCAGGGCUGAGGUGGAAUCUGUGCAGAGGGAUGGUGCAUCCCUGGCAUAUGCUGCAAGAGCUGGGAUUCAUUUCAUUGGCAAGCUGAUGCGACGUUCCAACGAAAGAGCUUUAGAAUGAGCUUUGUGGGCUCGGCCUUCCGGCAUCUUCCUUUUAGCAAGCUCUUAGUACCACCUACAUUUUCAGGUGGUUUGAUGAAUUGGUGUAGUGCAAUCAAGUCAAGUUGCAAGUUGCAAGGCAUAUCCCAUAUUCAAAAAUGAACAUGGAAGUUACCUGGGAUCCUUGCCAGCCCUUGCUCCCAAGGAGUCCCGAGGAGGACAUGUACAUAGAUCAAGCAGAUCAAUCAGAGGAUUCAACUCUGGACCGUGUUGAAAAGCAAAGUGCUCGUAGAGGCCAACUGAGCUUUGUGAGUAAGAUAUUGGGCUAGAUCCUUGAUGUGAGCUCGCGGAAAAGUGCUUGGCUCACAAGAUACCGCUUGAGGUGUUGGCAAGCUUCUGAAGCACU